AUGGAACAAAAGAUUAAGUCACUCUUUUUUAUUAAAACUAAUACUUUUAUUAUUCUAACUUGGAUAUUUUAUCUUUACAAUGACAUGAGUACUUUUAGUAAGCUUGUAGGCGAGUACAAGAUUGAGCGAAUAAUAGAUAUAAAGAGUUAUAGAUUACUAGAAGAAUGUAGUCAAUAUAAGGACUCAAGGAAUAAAGACUUAAAAGGAAUGAUACAUAAAAAUGAUGAGAACGAAAAAGAAGUUAUAACUAACAGUAACCUAUGUGACAAAAUAAAGAAUAAAAAAUCAAGUAAAAGUUCAUUAUAUAAGGAGCAAUUCAAUAAAGGAUAUAUCAAGCAGAGAAUGUUGAAAUAUCGAGGCAAAUACUUAACUCUUUUUGAAAGAAAAUUAUUCAAACAUCUUGAUUAUAUAGAUUUUAUUAGAAAAAAUCCGUCAAUUACUAAUAAGUCGUGCAAAAAGGUUUUACUUAAGGAGUACGGAUUACUAAUGUAUUUACCUUUUUUAUUAUUUUCUUGUGGAUUAAUAUUACCAAUAAUGGUAUAUUUUAAAGUGAACGGGAAUAUAACUGACGUUUACAUAAAAAUAUAUUGCGUGUUCAUCCUAAUAUUAUUCGCCAUUUUUGAAUUAGGAAUUGUUUACAUGUUUGUAAAAAUUAAAAAGCAUAGGAGAAUUAUGAAGAGAAGAGGGUAA